CACCCACCUUGCACUUCUGAAAAUAAUUCAACUUCCCCAGUCCAGUAUGAAACAUUAAAAGUUCACUCUUCCUUUAUGAGAUCUCACAUCGUUUGCCCCUCUAAAAUCAAUAAUCAAAUUUCCACGGCUGCCUUCUCUGAGAAGCAGCUGUAAUUACCCCCAAAUUACAGGAGGUGCUCAGCACAGGGAUCCUCUGGUUUCAGCACAUAUUUUCAUUGCUCUGUAGUGUUUUGAGAGGCUGAAGGGUGGGAUGCAGCUACAGUGACUUUCCAGAUUCCUAACAGUGUGAGGGACUGUUUUUAAUAGUGAUGAUAAAAACAGUUAUUCCCAGUUGGAGGUUAGUCAGUGGUACAAUUAUCAGAGCUAUGAAAUAGUGCAGAGAUGGCUCAGAAUGGGGAAAAAAAAACAACCCACACCAACUCCAGCUUGUAGCUUAUUUUCUUGAGGGAGCUGUUAGAAACUAUUUCCUGCAGGCUCACAGAAAAUUAGUCCGAGAUGUUAAACGCUGAGAGAUGCAGCUGAUACAGCUUGGUUAUUACUUUGGUAAUUCAGUUCUCAGGCUAGCAGAAUGCAGCUGGCUUGCAGGGAAGGGUUUUGGUAGCAAUGUGUUGACAAAAGGCAGUGCAAUGAGCAGGACCUCUGGAGCUGGCAUGUUUAAUUUGCAAGGUUAUGUUCUUCUGUUGUGAGCACCACAACAGCUGCUCUGCUGGGAAGCCUAAAAAUGUGCUGAGUGGUUUCACAGCAAACUAACAGUCCCCAGCCUGAUAUCUGGUGCAGUUAAAUCACCCUUCUGCAGAAAAAACAGUUUGGGAUGCUCUGUUUUUCUGUCUUUUCUGAUCUCCUGCUGAUUUGUUUCCUUAUUUUCAUUUGCAUUUCUAAUGUUCUGUCCUAGAGGUGCAACCUUGAAAAGACAGUAUUAUUUUAGGAGGAAGUUUUUCCCCCAGAGGGUGGUGAGGCACUGGCACAGGUUGCCCAAGGAGGCUGUGGAUGCCCCAUCCCUGCAGGCAUUCAAGGCCAGGCUGGAUGUGGCUCUGGGCAGCCUGGGCUGCUGGUUGGUGACCUGCACACAGCAGGGGGUUGGAGCUGGAUGAGCACUGUGCUCCUUUGCAACCCAGGCUGUUCUAGGAUUCUGUUGGUACUGGGGGGGAGCACUGAGCUAUAUAGGAGCAUGCUUUUCCUUGUUCCUCUUGCUGAUGAAGAUACUUUCACAUUAACAAGCCUUCAAGUGCAGGUACAGGUUGCUGGAUGUUGAAGACGAGGGUGAGAAGUGAGAGAUGUGCAGCACAGCUCCUCGCAGUUAAUGAGGCUGCACUCAACUCUGCAAAACUAAGCAAGGAAGGGAAGCAUCUCCUGAUAAGGAUCAGCCUCUGUUAAGAAAUGCUGUGGUAGCUAAGAGGCAUUUCUAGGUGGGAGAGACACUGUGAAGCUCUGUGCAGGGCGAGGAGAGCUGAGGAGGGAGCCUUGCAUGUGAACCAGGAUGGACUGGCUGUGACGGCGUGCCUUAGCUGGAGGGGGAGUUACGAUGAAGAGUUCCUGCAGAGCUGGCCUCCACAGGGAACCACUGAAUUCUGCAUCUUCUACCUUCCAUCAAGUCAAACGGGUUUCUGGUAUGCACUUAAAGCCAUAUCUCAAGUUACAGAGGAAAGAGCGAUCAGAAAUAAGCCAGGACUCCCUCAGAGGCCCACCUAUGACCCAUCAGAGGUCACCCCGAGAAGACAAAUACGCCACCAACUGCACCAAACUGAGCGUUUUCCCCAAACCCCCCCUUGUGAGUCCAUCUCGAAAGCUUCUGGGAAUUAUUUAUCCAAAUACUAUGUGCAAUAUGAACGGGAAAGGUCCGGCAGAUGGUCUGAGCGCCAGGGAGAAGAAAAACGUCCUGUCGGCAACGAUCCAUCAGGGAGAAGAAGGGGAAGGGCCUCUGGAUGUGUGGGCCGUGGUGAAGCCCGGCAACACGAAGGAGAAGAUCGCUUUCUUCGCGGCCCAGCAGUGCAGCAGCAACAACCGGCUGGGCUCCAUGAAGCUCAAAAGCACGUGGGAUAUCGAUGGGAGAACGGUGAAACGCCGGAAAAAAACGGUAGAUCUGAAAAAAGCCAAGCUCCAGUUGGAAAGGAUGAGAGAGGCGAAUGCCAGGUGCUCCCAGCCGGAGCCUUUCGCGUGCGGCAUCGAGCACUGCUCGGUGCAUUGUGUGAAUGACAGUGGUGAGGGGGUGUUCCCGGGCAGGUCCCUCUCUGUGAUAGAGAUGGUUGCGUUUCUGGAGCAGCGAGCAAGUGCUUUACUGGUAGACUGUGCUAAAACUUGCACGUCUGCCUCCACGGCGAGGCUGAGCGCUGUGUCUAAAGGUGCUCUUCCCAGCUCUGAGCCUUUCUCUGCCGCCGGGCCGUGUGAGGUACAUGAGAGGGGAAGCUGUGGUGGCAGCGAGCAGCAGCAGAGCGAGCCGGUGCGCGUCCUGGACAUGGUGGCCAAGCUGGAGUCGGAGUGCCUGCGGCGGCAGAGCGAGCGGGACGGCGGCAGCCUGUCGCGCAACAACAGCUUCCGCAGGAACGUGGGGCGGGUGCUCCUGGCCAGCAGCACGCAGCCCGCUGCUGAGCCUGGCAGGGCCUCUGUAGGCAGUGUGGGUGAAGAGCUGGGGGCGGCGGGGGCUGGCUGCGGAGCCAGGUGUGGGGAUGCUGGGCUGUGGGAUGGCGCUGCCUCUGCUCCGCAGCCGUUCCCUCCUGGGUUGGAGGGGAAUGCGGGUUCGGGACUUGCUCAUGCUGUGUUGGCCAUUGCGGCUGGAAGGAGCGAUGCUGAAAGGCGGGUUGAGCCUCCCAGGGCUCUGCCAGCCCUGUGUCCGGCUGUGGCUGGGGUGCUGGCGGAUUCCUUGCCGAGCAAGAGCACGAGUGUUGAUUGUACGUCGAAAGAAGCUGUGAUCCUCUCGAAGCAGAGCCUGCAUCCUGCUAGGAAGGAGCCCUUGUGCAUCAGUAUAUCGGUCGCCAAGAGUGAUAGGAAAGAGAAGCUCCCUCCCUCCAGUUUGAGUGAAGACCCCCUCCCAGGGAGGUUGUUUUUUCUCCAGGCUGAACAGAAUGCCGCUCCUGCACCACAGCCGCUGCAGGAAUGUACCCAAGGGAAGCCAGGAGAAGGAGUGCAGAACGAGGAUGAGGAGGCUGUGGAAUCUGACAAAUCGUGUGUCGGGACCAGCGUCUCUCCUGAGCCAUCAGCCCUUUCUGUUCCCCCUCCAGAAGGUGCUUUGCAAGUACUCGAUGCUUCCUGCUUGAAACGGCAGGUCUCGCAUGACUUUUUGGAGACCAGGUUUAAAAUCCAGCAGCUUCUGGAACCUCAGCAGUAUAUGGCUUUCCUGCCUCACCACAUCAUAGUGAAGAUCUUCGGCUUGCUCCCUACGAGGAGCCUGGUGGCCCUAAAAUGUACUUGCUACUACUUCAAGUUCAUCAUCGAGUACUACAACAUCAGGCCAGCAGACUCACGUUGGGUCCGCGACCCCCGCUACCGAGAAGACCCCUGCAAGCAGUGCAAGAAGAAGUACGUGAAGGGGGACGUGUCGCUGUGCCGCUGGCACCCCAAACCUUACUGCCAAGCUUUACCCUACGGGCCUGGCUACUGGAUGUGCUGUCACAGGUCCCAGAAGGGCAUCCCGGGCUGUAAGUUGGGUCUCCAUGACAAUCAUUGGGUUCCUGCCUGCCACAGCUUUAACCGUGCUCUCCAUAAGAAGACCAGAGGAGCGGGAGCCGAAGGAGAAGAGGAAUAUUAGUGCACAUACACUUUCCUGUGAGAUGGUUUGGGGUAGGAGGAGAUUCUCAUGCCUUGUGCUGUUUACAGUGUAUAUAAUUGUCGUGUUUUUCACAGGGCUAUGAAACUGCACAUACUUCAACACAAGAGCCUUUACCUUUUAGAAUAAAGAAAGCUUUUAGUCCAUCUAUGUAAAUAACACUAUAAAAACUAAUUGUACAUACAGAGUCUACAGCUGGCUGAACAACGUAAUCACUACAAUGCAGCUAUGAUAGUGUUGCGGCUAUAGGUGUGUGUGUUUUUAAGUGUCUUGUUUCAAAAUCUGUAUAUCCUGUAUAAUAUAUGAAUGUUUCUGAGAAGAAACUCUAAAUAGGUAAAGGCCAACCUGGUUAAAGAAUCUUCAAACAACUUAACUGGACAACCUUAAAACUAGACUAGAACAGAAACAUGACAGUAGUGGUGGCAGCGGAGGAAAAAAAGAGAGGAAUAUUAUUGUAUAGUCAGAA